AGGAGAAGAAGAAGAAGAAGAAAGAAUACCUUCUCUGUUACGAAAUGUGCUUGAGAAACAUGAGUUUGAUCUUGCAGCUUCUGGGGUUGAUACUAUUACUUGAGUUCUUUGGAUGCAAUGCCUCGGCUCAUUACACCUUUGUUAUUGAAAAAACACCCUACACAAGACUAUGUAGCACAAAGAACAUUUUGACUGUUAACAGGCAAUUUCCGGGGCCGCCGUUGUUUGCUCGUAAAGGAGAAACAGUGAUCGUCGAUGUUAUUAACAAGGCAAACGAUAACAUCACCAUACAUUGGCAUGGAGUGAGACAACCCAGAAGCCCAUGGUGGGAUGGGCCUGCAUAUGUCACACAAUGCCCAAUUAAACCUGGCUCCCAGUUCAGGUACAAAGUCAUCUUCACCACAGAGGAAGGAACCCUGUGGUGGCAUGCCCAUGCUGACUGGACUCGGGCCACAGUCCAUGGGCCUAUCGUCAUUUUUCCAAAGGUUGGAAGCACCUAUCCCUUCCCCAAGCCUUAUGAGGAGAUGCCCAUCGUCUUAGGAGAAUGGUGGAAGAGAGAUGUAGCGCAGGUAUACCGGCAACUCCUUAGGACAGGAGGAGAUCCCAAUGUGUCCGAUGCUUUCACCAUAAAUGGCCAACCAGGUGAUCUAUACCCAUGCUCAAAACAAGGAACUUUCAGAUUGUCAGUACAAGAAGGCAAGACUUAUCUACUACGCAUAAUCAAUGCAGGGAUGAAUGACAACCUCUUCUUUGCCAUAGCUCAACACAAACUCACAGUUGUAUCUGUAGAUGCACGCUACACCAAGCCAUUAACAAGAGAUUAUAUAGUGAUACCCCCAGGCCAAACCAUUGAUGCCUUGUUAGUGGCAAACCAAUCUCCAAAUCACUAUUACAUGGCUGCAAGAGCUUAUUCAAGUGGCCAAGGAGUCAUAUUUGAUAACACAACAACCACAGCAAUUCUCCAAUACUCUGGUCAUCAAUACACCCCAUCUUCAUUCCCUUCCUUCCCUUAUCUACCCUUUUACAAUGACACAGCAUCAUCAGUGUCCUUCACAGGUGCUCUUAGGAGCUUAGCAAGUAAAGACCAUCCAGCCAAGGUCCCAUUAAUGGUGGACACUCAAUUGAUCAGUACAAUCUCUGUUAACACAUUCCCAUGCCGUAGCAUCAACAACAGUACAUGUCAAGGACCCAAUGGGACGAGGUUUGCAGCGAGUAUGAACAACAUUACUUACAGGAACCCAUCAGUUUCCAUAUUACAAGCAUACUACAAAGACAUGAUCAAGGUGUUUGGUGAAUCUUUCCCAAACCGGCCACCUUUGAUCUACAAUUUUACAGGGGACUUCUUGCCACAACAGCUACAAACACCGAUGCGGGGUACUGAAGUAAAGCUACUGGAUUAUAAUUCAACUAUGGAAAUUGUUUUGCAAGGAACAAACUUGGUUGCAGGGGAAGACCAUCCAAUGCAUCUCCAUGGACAUAGCUUUUAUGUAGUUGGAUGGGGCUUUGGGAAUUUCGACAAGAACAAGGAUCCAUUGCGGUAUAACCUCAUUGAUCCUCCUUUCCAAAACACUGCUUUAGUCCCUAAGAAGGGUUGGAUUGCAAUCAGAUUCCGGGCAGAUAACCCUGGGGUGUGGUUCAUGCAUUGCCAUUUGGAGCGUCACCUAACAUGGGGAAUGGAUACCGUGCUCAUAACAAAGAAUGGUUUGUCUCCAAGAGCUCAACUAGUGCCUCCACCUGCAGACCUCCCACCAUGUUGAUCAAUCCUUGCUAUCUCUUUCCUUCUCUCUUUCCCUUUGUAUGUGUGUACUUUGUAUUGGCUAAGGUUGAAGUAAUAUAGGAAUUGUGUUUGUAAUUAUAGCUGCUUCGGUGUUGGUCACAAGAUAUGGUAGGAAAUUUUUCAUUUCAGAGUUGAGAAAUGAGAUGAGAAGUAACUGUAACUUCAUUUUGAGU